AUGUUUGUAGCAAGCAUCCUCGGUUCUUUGGUCCUCUGUGUACAGGUCGCGGUCGCUCUACGACCCAAUGGUAGGCUGAAUCGUGCGACUCCGAUCGCGCCUAUUCCUGAAGAAGCCCUGAGUGAGGGGCCUGUCGUGAGCCGCAAUGGCACGCAGUUACCACCGUACAAUACAACCUACAUUUUUAACCAGUUGAUCGACCAUACGAACCCUUCAUUAGGAACAUUUCAACAACGAUACUGGCAUACGUAUGAGUGGUACGAGACUGGCCCAGUCAUCCUUUUCACUCCCGGAGAAGCCAACGCCCAACCGUAUACCGGCUAUCUCACAAAUACGACCAUCAAUGGACAAAUUGCACAACAGCAAAGUGGUGCAACGAUAGUCCUCGAGCAUCGAUUUUACGGUCUCAGCAACCCUGUCCCCAAUCUGUCUGGAAAGAACUUGAAGUUGCACACAAUUCAACAGGCUAUAGAUGAUCUUGCAUACUUCGCAGAAAACGUCGUGCUUCCUAUGCCAAAUGGUGCACACCUUUCCCCCGCAGACGCACCCUGGAUCUUGAUCGGUGGAAGCUAUUCGGGUGCUUUGACUAGUUGGACUUUGGUCAACAAACCAGAUGUAUUUUGGGCAGGAUAUGCAUCCUCAGCGGUCGUUGAAGCAAUUCUAGACUACUGGGGGUACUUUGAGCCUAUUCGCCAAUUUAUGCCAGCCAACUGCUCCGCGGACGUCGAAGCUGUCAUUGCGCACGUUGACGAGGUAUUUUCUGGAAACGACGCUACUGCAAUCCAAGUACUCAAAGACAACUGGGGUUUGGGUGAGAUGUCUCAUUUGGACGAUGUUGCUGGGUGUAUGUUCCGGAACAAUCUCUGGGACUGGCAAUCCUUAUCGCCUACAUCGGGUCCUGGUGCUACUUUCUUCCAAUUCUGCGAUGCAUUAGAAGUCAAAGAUGGCGUCAACGCACCUGCUACUGGAUGGGGCCUUGACCAUGCUCUCACUGCCUGGGGUUCCUUCUGGAAUGAGACUUACCUUGAUGCUCUUUGUGGCGGCGAUGAUGUUGUCGACUGCCUGGGAUCCUACAAUCCUGAGUCAGCAGUCUACACAGAUAUCGCAUUGGACAACGCUGGUCGUUCUUGGACCUGGAUCGUAUGUAAUGAAGUUGGUUUCCUCCAGGAGGGACCUCCAGAAGGGGUACCAGCUGUCGUGACACGACUUGUUCAACCAGCUUAUGAUAUUCGUCAAUGUGUAUUGAUGUUCUCAGACGUAUUCGCCUCUCCUGCAGACGUCCCCAUGGCUGCUGGCGUUGCCAAUGUUAACAAGCAGUACACCGGUUGGAACGUGAGCGUCGACCGACUAUUCUUUGCCAAUGGACAACGCGACCCCUGGAGAGAGGCGACAGUCUCUGCAGAUGGAGUGGACGUUGCGAGUACCAACACUCAACCUAUCGCGAUCGGAGACGGGUUCCAUUGUUCGGAUCUUUUGACCUCUGCAGGGACUGUUGAUAAAACUGUUCGCGCUGUGCAAACUGAGGCGUUAUCAUUUAUGAAGACGUGGCUUGCGGAGUGGGAACCUCCUUCGAAGACGUCGAAGAGGGAGAUUUCUGAAGCGCGGCAUUCGAGGUUCUUCAAGAAUGUUGCUGCAUGA